AUGACAAGCCUGGCGAGGUUCGGUGGCUGCCCUCUCCCGCGCAGCGUCCACCCCGGGGAGAGGAGCAGUGAACCCAGCGUGGUGCUGCCACCUUUGGCAGGGGAGCACUGCACGGGACUCCCCACUGGCACUUCCUUAAAACUCUGCCCCUCGCACUCUUUGCGAGACUACCCCGAGACGAGGUCCAGCGCAUACGUUGACAACUCGCUCCCCCGCUUUGCCGAGCCGGGCUACUUCGAGCACCCCGGCCCCAGGGGCUUUGUCAUCGGAGGCGGGAUGCCGCCUGGCACCGAGCAGCUGGCCUCGUCGCGGGGCAACCAGCAUGGCGGCGUGGCGCGCUACCGCGACUUCUCCGGCUGCAGGGACGCCAGAAGCGGCGCUUUUUUCAGCAGCUACCAGGAGCAGGCCUCCGGGAGCGACCCCGGCCAGAUGAUGCUCGGGCUACCUGGGGACCUCCUCACCCGGAACCACCCGUUCGGGGGCGCCGGGAGUCCCAAGGGAAGCGGCCAGCAGCUCGUCACGCAGUUCUUGGGGCUCUACAAGCCUUUCGUGCAGACGCACGGCGGCGGAGGCGUAGGCGGGGACGCGCUCCUCAGGUGCGCCCAAGUCAAGAGCGAGCUGGUGUGCAAGUGGAGCCCGGACGGGCCCGGGAGCAAGGCGACGUGCUCCAGAGCCUUCGGGAGCAUGUACGAGCUCGUCAGCCACGUGACCGUGGAGCACGUCGGCGGAGCCGAGCAGGCCGAGUUCGUGUGCCGGUGGGAGAUGUGCCCCCGCGACAGGAAGCCCUUCAAAGCCAAGUACAAGCUGGUGAAUCACGUCAGGGUCCACACUGGCGAGAAGCCCUUCCCGUGUCCCUUCCACGGCUGCCAGAAGCUCUUUGCCAGAUCGGAAAACCUCAAAAUCCACAAGAGGACGCACACAGGUGAAAAGCCUUUCAAGUGCGAAUUCGACGGCUGCAACCGGAGGUUCGCCAACAGCAGCGACCGCAAGAAGCACUCGCACGUGCACUCCAGCGACAAGCCGUACGCGUGCAAAGUGCGAGGCUGCGACAAGUGCUACACGCACCCGUCGUCCCUGCGCAAGCACAUGAAGCUGCACUGCGCCAAGGAGGCCCCGAGCUGCGAGUCCCCGCCGCUCGGCGCCGUCCACGACCUGGCCUCGCUGUCCCCCGGGAGUCCGGAAGACUCGAGGUCACGUCACCCCCCGGGCUUCGACAACAGGUCGCCGGACCCGCUGUUGCCGCAGAGAGCCUCCCAUAGCGGCGGCCCCACCAGGGCCCGGUCCGCCCAGGCCGCCCAGGCCGCCCACACCUUCCCCCAGCAGAACUCCGCCGGCAGGACUUUCCCCUCGGCCCCGCACUUGCACAAAGGCUUCGUCAACGGAUGGUACACGUGCCACGGCGGCCUGGACGCCUAACCGAACCUGACCCUCAGUGGACGUUUCACUAGGUACACCCUCGCAAUAGAACUAGAUCAGUGUUUCUGUUUAGGGUUCGGGAAACAAAAAGCGGGAGUGAAACAAACCAAAUCAAACCAAGGAUGAGUUUUGUCAAACUCCAGGCCCGUGACCCACAUCUGGCCCGUCACAUCUAUUUUUAUCCUGGAAAGUAAAGCAAAUGCAAUGGGUCUGAUUCACACUUUCGGCUAAAAUCCGACAAAUCGUCUCCACUUUUAAACACAGUCAAAUAGUCCCAGCCUUCUGCUUACCAAAUCCUGCUGGAAAAUCGCAUGGGACCCCCCCAAAAAAAAAAAAAAAAAAAAAAAAAAAAAAGCAAAAAAAGCUGAACAUCAUCGUAGAGUAGAAAAUGACAAAAAAAGUGAGUUUCUUUACAUCUCAAUGAUUGGUUAUCUUAAAAUGAUCAUUUUACAGUUGUUAAUUUGAUCCCAGAGCUGCUGUUUAUCCAUCUGAUAAGGAAAACAACAACACCAACACGUUUUAUUGUGUGUUAUAUUCCACGUGGUUCUGCAUCGUAGCCAAAUGCAGUUCUUUGGCUUGUAGCACAACUACUUUUGGCUACGAUUUAGCACCAAUUAUUCAUGGUUGUUGGUUUUUAUAAGCUCUAUAAGUGUCACUUGUACUAUAUGGAACUGUCAUCUUCCUAAAACAGAACCAGGAGUGCAAAACAGAGCCUCUGAAGCACUUUUCAUCUUUUUUUUUCUUUAAUGUACCACUUUCAUGAAUGAAUUUUGCGGAGUUUUUCAAAUUCUUGCAUUGGCUGUAAUGACUGCAGCUGUACCUAAUGACGUGUCCAGCGAGUGCGUGUCACCGCUCGAGCGCCACGUGAAUACUUUUUGUGGUUUUCGUGUCACAUAUUUCGUGAUAAGUUGUGAGCCGUGUUAUAAUACCCCCCUCUCCCUCUACCCCGCCCCCCUCCCCAUUUUUUUGUUUGCUUUGACGCCCACUCUCACAGUCGGUGACGGCAAUUAUUAUUUUUAUGAUUAUUCUUUUUACAUUGUGCACACGCCUGUUUGUGUGCGGUCUUCUUUUUUAUGAUUAUUAUCAUGAAAGCUACUUCUGCCUUUACACAUCUAUGAAUGUAAACCCUUCCUUUGCGGGGAUGUUUUGAAUGUAAAUUAGCUAUAAUAUACUCCAGAAACAUUGUAUUGCUAUAUCUGAAAUAUGAUUUUUUUUUUUUUAAUAACGGGCGGGCUUUUGUGUGUCAGCAUUGUGCUCAGUAAUGUUCUAUAUUCCGCCUUCCACGCGCGUCUUCUAAUAUUAAAUGUACAUUUCCCCGUGUGUGUAACGUGAACAUCCACUUCAGUGUUGUACCAUAAAAGCUGUUAAUUAGCAUUCACUUUUCCUGUACAUAAGCUUUAUUGCAUAAUUAACUAUGUAUUCUAUGUUUUAUUAAAGUGUCUAUCUAUUCUCUUUGAUCAGUUGCCGCAGUUUUGGUCAACUUCAUUCAUUUAUUUCGUUAUUUACCAUCCUCGGAAUGAUGAUAAUUGGGUAAAAAAAAAAAA